UUCACACAGGGGCAGGAAAUGUGACUCAUAUUGCAUGUCUUUGAAAAAAAUUAGCAUUAACUUAGAUAGUUUUGUGCCGAAGCAAACACUUCACACUUCCAUAGAGGGGCAGUUUGGAUCAGUGCAACUGAAUCUUCUGUGUGUAUAUUUGGUUGGAAAGUUGACACUGAAAACCAUGCUGGUGUGUGUCUGGCUGGUCAGCAGUCUGAUUCACAUGAUCUCAGGUUGUUCUCUAUCUGCGAGCACAGAGGUCACUGGGUACACAAGAGGCUCCGUGGUCCUGCCUUGCUACUGCACUGAGGGACAGCGAACACUGAAAUCUGCCAGAUGGGUUUUUUCUUCAUGUGGUUCCGAUAUCAUGCUUUGGUCAUAUCCUAAUACAGUGAACGACCGCUACAAACACCGGGUGAUUAUUUCUUCCACCCCAGGAAACCUGUCUCUCCGUCUCUCAGAUCUCACUCGGUCAGAUGGGGGUACAUACAGUUGUGAAGCAGAUGGACAACACAGAAACAUCAGACUGACAGUGAAAGGCUGUUCUCUAUCUGCACCCACAGAGGUCACUGGGUACAGAAGAGGCUCCGUGGUCCUUCCUUGCUACUGCACUGAGGGACAGCCAACACUGAACACUGCCAGAUGGGUUUUUUUUUCACAUGUUUCCUAUAUCACGCUUUGGUCAUAUCCUAAUACAGUGAACGGCCGCUACAAAGACCGGGUGAUUAUUUCUGACACCCCAGGAAACCUGUCUCUCCGUCUCUCAGAUCUCACUUGGUCAGAUGAGGGUACAUACAGGUGUGAAGCAGAUGGACAACACAGAGACAUCAGUCUCACAGUGAAAGGCUGUGUUCUGUCUGAUUCUGAACCCAUACACAUCACUGGGUUCACAGGAGACUCAGUCGUCCUGUACUGUGCCUGUACUGAUGUGCAGAAGAAACCUGAACAGGUCAAAUGGACUGCACAUCCAGGAGGCCGAAGCACUGUUAUAUUUCCACAAAGUCCUCCCAGUGUCAACGAUCGCUACAAACACAGAGUGCAGUUUUUGGACUCCGUUUCCCUUGGAAACCUGUCUGUCCGUCUCUCUAAUCUCACUCUGUCAGAUGCGGGAAGAUACACAUGUGAAGCAGAUGGACAACACAGAGACAUCAGUCUCACAGUGAAAGGCUGUUCUCUAUCUGCACCCACAGAGGUCACUGGGUACACAAGAGGCUCCGUGGUCCUGACUUGCUACUGCACUGAGGGACAGCCAAUACCAAACAACGCCAGAUGGUUUUUUUUUCAAGAUAGUUCAUAUAUGAAAAUUUGGCCGAAUCUUAAUACAGGGAAUGACCGCUACAAAGACCGGGUGAUUGUUUCUAAAUCCCCAGGACACCUGUCUCUCAGUCUCUCAGAUCUCACUCUGUCAGAUGGGGGAACAUACAGGUGUGAAACAGGUGGGCACUACAGAGACAUCAGUCUCACAGUGAAAGGCUGUUCUCUAUAUGCACCCACAGAGGUCACUGGGUACACAGGAGGCUCUGUGGUCCUGUCUUGCUACUGCACUGAGCGACAGCCAACAUCAAACAACGCCAGAUGGUUUUUUAUUCAUGGUAGUUCAUAUAUCGAACUUUGGUCGUAUCCUACAGUGGACGACCGCUACACAGACCGGGUGAUUAUUUCUUCCACCCCAGGAAACCUGCCUCUCAGUCUCUCAGAUCUCACUCUGUUAGAUGGGGGUACAUACAGGUGUGAAGCAGAUGGACAACACAGAGACAUCACACUGACAGUGAAAGCAGGCUGUGUUCUGUCUGAUUCUAAACCCAUAGACAUCACUGGGUUCACAGGAGACUCAGUUGUCCUGCCCUGUGCCUGUACUGAUAGGAAACCUGAAUCGGUCAAAUGGACUGCAGUCAAAGGACAGCAAAGCACUGUUAUAUGUCCUCAAUUUCCUGCCAAUGGCGGCCGCUGCAAAGACAGAGUGCAGGUGUUGGACUCCAUUUCCCCUGGAAACUUGUCUCUCCGUCUCUCAGAUCUCACUCUGUCAGAUGGGGGUACAUACAGGUGUGAAGCAGAUGGACAGCACAGAGUCAUAAGUCUCACAGUGAAAGGUUGUGUUCUGUCUGAUUUUGAACCCAUACACAUCACUGGGUUCACAGGAGACUCAGUCGUCCUGCCCUGUGCCUGUACUGAUGUGCAGAGGAAACCUAAAUUCAAAUGGACUGCAGUCAAAGGACAACAAAGCACUGUUAUAUUUCCACAACUUCCUGCCAAUGGCGGUCGCUACAAAGACGGAGUGCAGAUGUUGGACUCCAUUUCCCCUGGAAACCUGUCUCUCCAUCUCUCAAAUCUCACUCUGUCAGAUGGGGGAGCAUACUGGUGUGAAGCAGAUGGGCACAACAGAUACAUCAGUCUCACAGUGAAAGAAGCCACAACCCGGUCUCCAACCAUAACCAAGCACACAUCCAAACAUGGAAGCAAGAAAAUCUCUGAAGACCUGAAAAACUCCAUCUUGUACGCGACCAUUGCUGUUGUUGCCGCAGUCGCAGUGUGUGGGGCUGUGUUAUUUUACUGCAGAUUUAGAUCCAGGAAAAAUGCACACGUGGAAUCCAGAGAAGAACAAGAGAUGGGGAUCAGGGAGCAGGUGGAGGAGAAGAAUGCUGAUUCAGUGACAUAUUCUACUGUUGUUCACAGUAAAACUGCGAAAAAUACAAACAUCCAAAAUCAAAGUGAAGACUCCACAGAAUAUGCUUCCAUUAAACUUGGAAUGUCAUCAAAUUUAUAGAAAUACACCUCGUACACGUACGCCUUCACACAAACACACACACACACAAACGCAUUCACAUAUGCACAUACACACACACCAUCUGUAGCAAAGAGAGCAGUUUGUAGCAAAGAGAUCAUUUAUAUUAAUGUAAACAAUGUGUUUGUGAAUUUCUUUUGUAAAUC